AUGCCCCGCCUCUCCUCCGUUCCCAAAACGUGCCCUGUUGGGGGGGACCCCGUGGGGGAUUUCUGUUUGUGCUGCGAACAGGCCUUGUCGCUGCUAGUGUCUGAGAACGGCGGCGGCGGCGGCGGCGGUGGUCCGGAGGAGAAAGCCGACGGCCCUUCGGGAGCAAGCCUCAACGACAACGACAACGACAACGACGACGGUGCGGAAGACGGCGGCGCCGGCGAUGGCGUCACCCUCCCACGGUCUGGCCUACGGCUUGCGGUCGUCUUCGACGCCUCUUCUUCUCCUCCGGAGCGGAGCGGAGGAGGAGGAGGAGGAGGAGGAGGAGGAGGAGGAGGAGGCGUGCCGGCGGCGGGAGGCGGCCGGUGGUGGCUCCCGGCCGUGUUUGAGGCGGUAGGCAGCAGGUCUCCUGACAAGUCUCCGAGAUUCCUGCUCUCGGUGACCAGGGCCGCAACGUCGUCCCCCGGCCCCGACGGCAAAGGAAACAGCGCCGCAAACAUGGUGGAAACCCUGGCGAGGGAGGCCGGCCUCUCCCCUUCCCUUCGAGCGGCCGUCACGAAAGCUGCCGCCGGGGGCGAGGCAUCAUCGUCUGCGAGGAGAAGAAGAAUGGCGAGGCUCGCGAGGAGAGUAGCCGGCACUGCGAAGGGGGAGUCCUGCGCGCUGGUGAACGGAAGAAGAGUGACACCGGCGAGAGAGGGCCGAUCUCUGACGUCAGAAGACCUCUCCAUCGCCAUCGAAGCCGCAGACGAUCUAGCGGAGUUUUUGAAGGAUUUGGCGUUGUCGUGGGACUGGGGGUCUUGGCCGGAGGGGUCCCCGCAGGAUAAGGACCCCGACAUGGUUGGGGCCGAGCUUCAGUCGACCGUGAUCUCGCAGCUCGCUUCUUUCCUGUUGCGGUUCCACCAGGCGAGUGAAAACGACGAGCGUCGCCAGAUGAUCCCAGACGCCGUCGCUCUGGCGGAAAUUCUUGUCGAGACCGUCGCCGAAGUCGCCGCAGCGCGCGGCGGCGGUAGGGGCGACACCAACAAGAAGAAGAGGAAAAAGAAGAAAAAGAACGCCGCGGCCGGAGGUGGUGGUGUCAGCGGUGAUGGCGUAGUUUCUGUCCUUCGCCUCGGGCCCGACGGCCACCUCCACCGGGGUAGCGUUGGCGGGGCUGCUGCUGCUGCCGUGGAGCAAGACGGGGACGCGGACGGCGCAGGUGAUGCUGCUGCCGGCGAUACAGCUACCGGCGAUGCUGUAGGCGAUGCCGCUCCAAGCUAUGCUGUAGGCGAUGCUGCCGGCGAUGCUGCGGGCGAUGCUGCGGGCGAUGCUGCAGGCGAUGCUGCAGGCGGUGAUGCUGCAGGUGGCGAUGUUGCAGGAGAUGUUGCAGGAGGUGGUGCAAACGGCGCAGGAGACGGCCAGGCGGCAGCGGAGGCGGAGGGGGCCGAAGGGGAGGGUGUUGUCGAGGAGGACGAAGGAGAGGAGGAGUUGGGGAUGGGGCAGGUUGCUGUGGAGCUCGUGGCCGUGCUUGACCCUCUGUCCUUGGCGGCGCAGAGGGCCUCCACGCUGCUAUCACUGGCUCAAGAGGUUUUGGGGCUGCCGGUGACGUUGCUGCUGUUGCCCUCCCUGGAUGUGUCGGAGCUUCCCCUCAAGAACUUCUACCGUCUGGUUCUGGGACCGGCGUCCGGUUCCGUGGCGGCCUUUGACCGACUCCCCACGAGGGACAUCCUGACCCAGAGGCUCGACACGCCCGAGCCGUGGAACGUGCAGGCCUUCGCUGCACUACAGGACCUGGACAACCUACGGUGUGAUGAUUCUGCGGGGUGCGGGGACAACGGGACGUUCACCACCUCCGCGGAGUACACGGUCAAGGGCUUGCUCGUCACUGGAAGGUGCUACGACGUCACCUCCAGCCCGCCGUCCCCGCCUCAAGGCCUGCAGCUCGUGCUCCGGCCUUCUCCGUCGACGCCAUCCUCCCAAACCAACGGCGGCGGCGGCGGCGGCGGCGGCGGGGUCACAGCGGACACUGUCGUCAUGGAGAACCUGGGGUACUUUCAGCUCCAGGCGUCCCCCGGGGUGUGGGACCUCGAGCUCGCGGACGGCAGGGCCUCCGAAGUUUACGAGAUCAUCGACGGCGGCGGACGAGGCGGCAGCGGAAGCGGCGGGGUGGUUAAUUCCGCCGCCCACGCCGCGGCGUUGGAGGUGCAGCGGCGGCUGGAGAGGGAGCGGGCGGCGGAGGGGGCAUCGCCGGCGACCGACAGCCAGGCCAUCGUCGUGCGGACACCUUUUUCUGUCCCGCCGGGCUUGUUUCCCUGGUCUUGGAACAUGGUACAGGGGUACGAGCCCGUCCUGGUGCGCAAGCGGCCUGGGAUGGAAGACGUGGGCCUCCUAGAUGCCGACGACGGUUUCGCCGCCUCCGCCAGCGGAGACAACGCCGCCGGCGGCAGCCCCGCCACCGCCGGCAUCUGGUCUCGAGUGUCCGCGGCGACGGAAAACGUUCGGGGACUCGUGGGUCUGGCCGGGGCCGGGGAGGGGGAGGAGGAGGAGGGGGAAGCGGAGCGGCUGCACGUAUUUUCCUUGGCGACGGGCCACCUGUACGAGCGGUUCCUGAAGGUGAUGAUGAUGAGCGUGGUGAAGCGGGCCAGCAUGCCCGUGACCUUCUGGUUGCUGGAGAACUUCCUGUCGUCGUCUUUCAAGGAGAGCGCCCAGGCUUUGGCGGAGGAGUUCGGGCGUGACGAGGAGGAGGAGGGGGAGGAGGCCACGGAGAAUGCGCGCGAGUGGAAGGAGAGGGUAACGGGGAUGAUUGAGGGUCAGGCGGCAAGCACAAGGGGGGGCGCCGGGCGGGGAGGAGGAAAAAGGGGAAGCAGGGGGCAACGUGACGAAGUCCUCUUGACAGACAACCAGAACCAGAGACACAAGUUCAGAUGUUCGUGGGUGGCGAGUGUGAUUGCUCGUGAAUUUUUCAGGUUCCGGGUGGAGUUUGUGACGUACAAGUGGCCGGAGUGGCUGCGGCGGCAGAGCGAGAAGCAGCGCAUUAUCUGGGGAUACAAGAUUCUCUUCCUCGACGUUCUCUUCCCGCUGAGCGUCGACAAGGUCAUCUACGUCGACGCUGAUCAGGCUGCGUAUCAAUCUUGGUCGCGGGGGGAGGGGGUCGGGGUGUUCCGGUAUUCCACGUAG